UUUUAGUUCCUAAUAUCGCAUGUAGUGACACAGGCCGGGCCGAGUCCCUCAUCAUCUUAACCGAAGCCCACUAACACCGAUUCAGACCAGCCGUCGAUCUAACAACCCCUAAUUCCUUGCGCUUUGUCGGUCGGUCGGUAGAGUGGAGAGUGCUUACUGGGUAGAGCUUCAUUUUAAUGGCGUCUUGUUCACUAUUGGUUCAUCAGCCUCGGGCAGCUCUUAGCUAUGACUACUACUGCUAUGAGAGAAGCAAAAGUACAAACUUUAAUGGAAUGUCAUAUCCCUUUUCACCAAGAAUAGGAUCUAAGACAAGGAGGGGUAGUCUGGAAUGUAAGUGUCAAGUGCAGCUGACAGAACUCGCCCCUGCCACCUCGGCCGCCUACGGUGCUCUGCUCCUCGGCGGCGGCCUCUUCGCUUUCAGUAAGUCAGGAAGCAAAGGGUCUCUCUAUGGCGGACUCACAGGGGCUGCUUUAAUGACGACGGCUUACUUUCUCAUGCGAGCACAGGAGACAAAAGCUUUUGGAGAAGCACUCGGGUUUGGUUCUGCCUUCCUCUUCUCCUCCGUUUUUGGUAUAAGAUUGGCUGCUAGUCGGAAGCUGACUCCUGCUGGCCCUUUGUUAGGCAUUUCUAUUUGUGCAUUGUCUGUGUUUCUCUUUGCAUAUUUACACGAUAGAAUCUGAUCGUCGACCUUGACUGCUGAGGAUAUAUGAACCCAAGUUUUGUAAUGGAAAUGGAUCUAGAAGCUGACUUGUUUGUGUUGAUUUUACCAUCUGUUUGGUACUUCAAAAUAAGGUUCUUGGUUGGGUGAGUUGGUUUCA